UAUACUAUAAUAAACAGUUCACGAAAUGGCUGCUUUAAGGAAACUUGGACAGUUCUCAAGGAAACUAUUUGUAAAAAAUACACCAUUCAAGUGUACAACUAGAUCAUAUGAAGAAUUUAAAAAAAUGGAUAUGGAUUACGCCCUUCGGGACCUUGAAGAAUAUGUGUCACUUAAACCUUUGCUAGUGGGUCCAUACCCAAGAACUGAAGCAGAAAGGCUAAAAGCUGCAGAAAGAUAUGGGAUGCAUCCUGAUGAGUACAAACCUUUUCCAGAGGAAAUGAGUGAUCAAGGAGAUUAUCCAGAUUUGCCAUGGAUAAGUGUUGAAGCUAGAGAUCCAUUUUAUCCUUGGGAUUUUCCUGUUACAAGAAGAAAUUUUGGAGAGCCUGUGCAUUUUAAUGAUGACAUGAUGGGGGAAGAUCGUUAUGACUAUGGUGUCCGCAAAUAUAUAGAGGAUCACCAUGCUAGUGCCAUUUUCAUUGCUUGUUUUAUUGGUAUAAUUGUGUUAGGAUCAUAUGCACCUACUGUAUCCCAACCUAUGAUGGAUAAACAAUAUCCAGGACAAGGAGAGCAUUACACUUUUCAAAUCAAAUAAAUACAUAAUAGAAUGUGUAAUUGUAGUUGUAUUAACUGGUUUCAAUAAAUUAUAUUAAUCAU